AGUACUUGAAUGAUACACACAUUCUUGUGCAAUUCAAUAAUGUCGCAGUGAAGUUGUUAAAGAAUAAAAACCAAUGGAAGCUGCAACGAGUGCGAGUGCGCCCGCGCCGCUGGGCCAAGCGCACUUGUCACAUCUACCACUACGACCUCCCAUCAACCUCAGCUUUCAAGAUCUCACUUACACUGUUAAAAACGGCAAAGUUUCAAAAUUAAUACUCCGUGGUAUCAACGGUGAGUUCAAAUCCGGUCAGUUGACCGCCAUCUUGGGUCCUUCGGGCGCAGGCAAGAGCACACUUCUCAAUGUACUGGCUGGUUACAGGGUGAAUGGCGCUAGCGGCAUAAUAUCGACGAACGGACAGCAGCGUGAUCUGCGGCAGUUCCGAAAGCUGUCACGCUACAUUAUGCAGGAGGAUCUGCUGCAGCCGCUCAUCACGGUGCGUGAGGCGAUGGCCAUGGCUGCGGACCUCAAGCUCGGCAGCGACAUGACCGCGCACAGGAAGGCCGUCAUUGUGGAAGAGAUUCUACAUCUAUUAAGACUGGACAAAGCAACGGACACGUCGAGCGAGCGUCUUUCGGGAGGCGAGAGGAAGCGACUCUCAAUAGCUCUGGAGCUUCUGAAUAAUCCGCCAGUUAUCUUCCUAGAUGAACCAACUACUGGUUUAGACGACGUGGCAUCAUCAACCUGCGUGUCUCUUUUAAAGCGGGUAGCAAGGGGCGGUCGCACUGUCGUAUGUUCAUUACACACGCCGUCAGCGCGGUUGUUCUCCGUGUUCGAUCAUGUAUAUGUGGUGGCGGAUGGCCGCUGCGCCUACCAAGGCACGGCGACGGGCGUCGUGCCCUUUCUGAAGGAGCUACAGCUGCCUUGCCCAAAGACUUACAACCCCGCAGAUUUUGUAAUAGAAGUAUCUAGUGGAGAGUAUGGUUCUCACGUGGAGAGGAUGGUGACUGCAGUAGAGAAUGGUAGAUGUCAACGCUGGCGGGAACACCAAGUGGAAGACCAGUACGAGGAGAUGGAGAUCGAGCAGUUGAACGCGGGUGGAGUGCAGGACCAUACUUAUAGAUACGAGAGCACGCCUUCUACACAGUUUACUGUACUGUUGAAGAGGAUGCUGCUACAGUCUGUUAGGAAUAGAGAUUACUUAUGGCUCCGCGUCGGAAUGCAUCUGUUCCUUGGCUUUAUUAUUGGAAUGCUGUUCUGUCAGAUCGGCUACGACGCUUCCAAGACUAUAUUUAAUUUCGGCUUCUGCUACGCUUGUAUCAUCGCAAUGUUAUAUGUACCGAUGAUGCCGAUAUUGUUAGCUUUUCCAAAGGAGGUGCAAUUGAUAAAGCGGGAGUACUUUAAUAGAUGGUACGGACUGAAGCCAUAUUACGCCGCGCUGAUCGUGUCCCGAACACCGGCAACUAUAUUCUUCUCCCUCAUAUACUUGGCGAUUGUGUAUCCGCUGACGUCACAGCCUAUGGAGGCCACCAGGAUUGUAAUGUUCAUAUCUGUCUGCAUUCUCGUCGCUUUGAUAUCUGAGAGUAUGGGCACCGUGAUAUCGUCGAGUUUGAGCGUUGUUAAUUCCGUGUUCAUGGGACCAGUUCUCAGUGUUCCGUUAAUGUUGCUAGCAGUGUACGGCAUCGGGAGUGGAGAUCACCCGCUGCCGAUCCUGUGGAAGAUUGCUCGAGCCUGCUCCUUCAUGCGCUACGGCCUUGAGGGCCUCAUUGUAGCAAUAUACGGGCCUCCGAGAGAUGACCUUAUUUGUCCAGACCAUGUUGUAUAUUGCGAAUACAAGAAUCCAAAUUACUUCGUAAAACUGAUGGGCAUGACGGGUGUUUCUUUCUGGAUGGACAUCGGUAUGCUGUUGUUAAUGCUAGUUGCGAUGCACGCGGUUGGAUAUUAUCUGUUGAGGCAAAGACUGUCGCCGAACUACGCAUUCCGAGCUAUAAAAGUCAUUGGUCGAUUUGUUAAGACCAAAAUUAGCGUAUCACAUUGAAAUUGUCGUUAAAU